GAAUCAUCAGUAAUUUUAUUUCACAAAAUUGUCUGUCAUCGCAUCAAUCAAUCAUGGACAAUCCGGAUUGUCCGAAACUACCAUGGAUGGUAGAUUUUUUCAGUUCGGACGAAGCCGAAGUCCUGAACCAUCAGCUAGAAGCGGCUUUUGCCCAAACUACUCUGGCUCAUCUCAGCAAUUUAAACAUAAAAUCUAAAGCGCCAGUGUUCAAAUCGACUCAGCUUGUGUGUACCGUGCCAGUUAAUGCUACUUGUAAUACCAUAGAAGAACUGAUGCAAAUGGGUAUGUCUGUGGCUCGGAUUUCUGUUCCAGGUAAUCAUAAAGAGAAAAUUUUGGAGCUUAUUGCUAAAAUACGGGCUUUGGUAGACUCUUAUAGUAGAAAAAUUGGCAAAGUGUAUCCGCUUGCAUUUGCUGUUGACAUAAAAGGGCCCGAAAUUCAUACUGGAAUAAUAGAAAAAAAUAAAGCUUCAAUAUUUUUGGAAAAAGGUAAACGGACUACGUUGACUGUUGAUGAAGCUUAUGAAGAAUUUGUUAAUGAAGAUAUGAUUUUUGUUGAUUAUUCGAAGUUGCCUGAAAUAAUUCAACCUGGUGAUAAAUUGCUUAUAGACUAUGGAACGUGCCAUUUAUCCGCCAUUGAAGUAGCUGAAAGCAUUGUUAGAUGUAUUGUAGACAAGGCUGGAAAACUAAUAAGCCACUCUUCAAUUAUAAUUCCUAAUGCUCCAAUGGAUCUUGCAGAAAUAUCUAGAGAAGAUAAAGAAAUUUUAGAAAUUUGUAUCAAUUUACAUAUCGAUUUUAUAAUGCUUUCAGGCAUUUAUAAUAAGGAAAAAGUUAUUGAUAUUAGAAAACUUGUUGGCGAAAAACUUCAAAUCAUUGCAAACAUUGACAAUUCAAUGGCAAUAGAUAAUAUACAUGAAAUCAUCGAAAAUUCCGAUGCCAUUUUCAUUGACUCUGAUAGACUUUUGUUCGAUAUACCCAAACAAAAAGUAUUUCUAGUGCAAAAAUCCAUCAUAGCAAAAUGCAACCUUCAAGGGAUUCCAGUUAUUUGCGCUACAAAUAUUAUUGACGUAAUUUCGUUAAACAAAAGUGAAGUUUGCGAUAUUGCUAAUUCAAUCAUGGAUGGUACUGAUGCCUUAUUAAUCAAUCAGUCAGCGUGCACCAAGGAAGUUGUUAAAGAAGUUACAAUUGUAUGUAAAGAAGCUGAGCCAGCAGUUUAUCAAAAACAAAUUUUUAAUGAGUUAGUCUACAACAUUUCCAGUCCAAAUGAAUCAAUUUAUUCCCUAUGCAUAGCAGCUGUGGAAGCUUCCUUCAAAACAAGCUCAGCAGCAAUAAUUUGCCUUACAACUUCAGGAAGAACUGCCAAGUUAUUAUCUAGAUUCAGACCUAGAUGUCCUUUGAUUACCAUUACCAGAUAUCCACGUGUUGCCAGAUUGCUACGUCUUUACAAAGGAGUCGAUCCGAUUAUUUAUUUGAAAGCUUUCGCUGGCAAUUAUGAAAGAGAUGUCGAGGAACGUGUGCAAUUGGGUAUUACCUAUGGCAAACAUAUGGGGUAUAUAAAAAUGGGUGAUGCUUUGGUUACUGUUACUGGGUCGAGACCUGAAUCCGGAUUUCCAAAUAAUAUGAAGAUUUUGUAUGCGUCUGAUUAUGAUACUGUUUUGAGUAAAAUUAAAUAUACUUGAUGAUUGUGAAUAAAGAAU